UUUACUGGAGCUUUUAAAUCUUCAAUAAUGGUUUUCUGGGAAGGUUAUGUGAGUGAUGAAGUGAUGGGCACGUUUGCCCCUAUUGUGGUUUAUUGGUUAUAUGCUGGUUUCUAUCAGUUACUUCCAUCUUUGGAUAAAUAUCGGUUGCAUACUAAAGAAGAAGACAAGGAGAAGAAUUUGGUGCCCUUUGGAGCUGUUGUGAAAGGUGUUCUUCUUCAGCAGCUUGUCCAAGCAAUUGUUGCUCUCUUCUUGUUGACCACAACCUCAAACACACCUGAAGCGACGGUGCAGCCUUCUAUUCCCAAGCAAGUUUUUCAGAUCAUUGCAGCGAUGCUUGUCAUGGAUACAUGGCAGUACUUUGUGCACCGCUACAUGCAUCAGAACAAGUUUUUAUAUCGCCAUAUCCACUCGCAGCAUCAUAGGCUGGUCGUCCCUUAUGCAAUAGGUGCACUUUACAAUCACCCACUUGAGGGCCUUCUACUAGACACCGUCGGUGGAGCCAUCUCCUUUCUUGCCUCUGGGAUGACUUCAAGAACAGCAGUCACAUUCUUCUGCUUUGCUGUGGUGAAAACUGUCGAUGACCACUGUGGACUCUGGUUACCUGGCAACAUCUUCCAUUUAUUUUUCCAGAAUAAUACAGCAUAUCAUGACAUUCACCAUCAACUACAAGGCCUAAAAUACAACUAUUCACAACCGUUCUUUCCCUUAUGGGACAUGCUUCUUGGCACAUACAUGCCUUUCACUCUUGUAAAACGGCCGGAAGGGGGCCUUGAAGCAAGGCCGGCAAAGGACUAGUUAAGUGUCAAAGCCCUCGCAUCCGAUGGGACUGGUUUCCUGUUUCCUAUGCCGGCAAAUGCUUUCAGAUGAUAUGUAUAUCAGAAGCUUUUAUUGUGGACAUUUCCAAAGUUGGUUGGAGCUCAAUGGUGUUUGGUGGCUUGACAAAUGACAAUGUUUCUCAGUUCAUAUUGUCACAGAUAGCGUUUUUGCCCAGCCUCCUUGUGUAGCAUAGACUAUGAUAUGGUUGAGGAACGUUUUCAUAACCCGGAUUGUUAAUUAUGAUGUAUUUAGAAUUUUUUGAGAUGUAAGUUGCUGAAAGAGUGCCAUUUUUUUUCUGCCGAUAUUUAUUUGUUAUACUGAUUUAUUUUUUCUAUUAAAAUUGUGGAUUAAAGUAA